CUACACAAAUGUGACAUUAAUAUUUCAAUAAUUUUUACACAUUUUUUCAUUCAACAUCAAACAGUACACUGGUGCGUCUUUUAUUUCGAAAUUAUAGAUUUUUUAAAAAUAUACCUAGAUCUUUGCACUCGAAUAUUCAUUUGGAACAAAACGACACCAAUCUAUAGACACUGCCAAUAUGCAAAAUUCGAAGCCUGAUUCAUCGACUCCAACUGCAAUAAAAGCCCCUCUUCGUUCGGCUUCUAAAAUUUCGUUGCUUUCAAAGAAAAAUGUAGCUGUCAGAAGCCCAAGAGACUCAUCGUCAUUAGGGAGAGGUGCGAUAGAUUGCACCUCAAGCACUAGUGUGUGUUCCCGUCGAACCGAUCUCCACUCUGAGGACUCGACUGCCAAGCUAAAGAAUAAGUUUACUCAGCCUCGGACGAAUAAGAUAACUGAAUUGCGCCUCAAACGAUUGCAAAAUGCAAUGAAUAAUGAUGGUCAACCUCCUGUAGCCUCGCCAAGAGCUAAAAGGAAGGAGACGAACCCAAUUACACCAGCUCCAACAACUCUUCCAGACCCUGAGGUGGGUGACAGUCCAACACCAAAGCCUCCAUUACCAACAAAUGCGGCGCCGAGCACCCCUGCAUCCUCUCCACCAACUCCUCAACUGGAGUCCAUGGUAAAUAAACUUGCUGACCUGCAAUCGGAAUUUCUGCAGCAGGUCAAGAACCUUAAGGAAGAGAGCCAGCCCAUUUCGUUCAAGUUUGUCACGAUGGUUAGAAACGAGCAAUGCCAAUUGGUUUUCAAUAAAGAUGAUCUUCUGUCUUUACCCAAAAAUAUACCUGCUGAAUCGGUGGGCGAUUUAAAGUCGUUUUGUCGAAAAUCCUUUGAAGACACCAUGCAGUCGAUGUUUGAGGAUCUUCAUAAAGAUAUGACUGGAAGUGCAGCGAAUCUUGAGCAAUUGCGAAACAAGAUACAGAAGAAUUUGCAAAGUAAAGUGGAGUUGAUCAAUGCCGAGCUGAGUAAAUUAUGUUGUGCUAAAGACAAGGCGGAUGCCUCGUCAAUUUUGCAAUCAAAUGAGAAUGAUAUCUUCAAGAUAGAAAAGCUGAAGGUCAUUGUAUCUAAGUUGGAGUCUGAUUUACGAGAUGUCCGUAGAAAUCGGGAUGAAUUGAAAAAAUCUUUGGAUGUUAUACAGAAAAAGAACAAAGAAUUAGCCAUAGAAUUGGCUGAUCAAAACUUCAAGGGAAUUGAGAAAAGUGUUGAAAUCGAAGAUUUGCGCAAAGAAAUGAAACAAUUGAUGAACACGAACAAUAUUAUGCAGCAGCGAUUGAAAGACAAUGAAACAACUUUAGAACAGUCGAAGGAAAUAAAUUCAAGUCAAAUUGCUGAUCUGAAAAAGCAGUUAGAUAAUGCACUGACAGCUAAGACAACUUUAGAUCAGUCAAAUGAGCUGACUUGCAGACAAAUUGAACUGAAAAAGCAAUGGAAUAAUGCACUGGCAGCUAAGCAAACUGUUGAAACGCGCUUAGAGGAGUUGACCAAGAACCUUGCUGUAAAAGAUCAGAAACUAUCUGAGAUGCAGAAGCAGCUGGUUGAGCUUGAACAGUAUAAAGAUUGGCAGAGUGUUCAAAGUGAUCAGUCUUCAAAUCACGAAGCGGAUUUGGCGCAAAUAAACGAGCUGAAGUCCAAGUUGGUCGUCGCUCAGCAUCAAUUGUCAACCCAGACAAAAGAUGAGCACACUCUGAGGGCACAACUAACUCAGAAACAGAAGCAGCUGGGUGAAAUGGAACUGAAGGUGACACAGCUAGAGGAAUCAGUUGUACACCAUCGAAAGAUGAAUGACGUGCGUCGUGAGCGAAUCGUGCACCUGGAUCAAGAGAUUAAGCAACGUGAGAAGGAACAUAUUCGUAAACUCGACGAGAUAAUGGCUCAGUCCAAUGAGAAGAGCACGAUCAUAGCUCAGAUUAACAAUGAGUUGAGCGCAACAAACGAGCAGUUCCAGAAUCUGUGCUCCACUCUGGGCACCAAGCAGAUGAAGCUGCACCGGCAGGAGCAUGUCAUCAAGUUGCUGGAGGAGAGCAACGAACGUAGUGUGCGGCUCCAUACCAAGCUGGGUGAGAAGAAUGCUCUUCUCAAGGAUGAACUUGAACACCUCAGACGUACUGUAAAUAACCUAAUGUUAGGCAGUGAUGCCACCGAUGCGGACGCUAAAAACAAAUAAUAGUAUCCAUGUUAAUAUUCAAAAUUUAAAACAUUUUAUGAAGUCUUUAUGUCAAAAUUCUGAUUGGAAACAAUGGAAACAAUAUUUUUGAGCCGAUUUCACCUCAAGAACACAGAGAAUAAUAUCAAUUGCAAUACAAACAAUAUUUAUACGAAUAAAAUCAAUUACCACGUACAAUAUUAAAAUUCA